AUGGAGAUCAUGGAUUUGGACAAGGACCAUUCAACUCGAGGAAGCAUAGCAACUUCCUUAGGACGAAGCAUUUGGGCCAAAGUUUUUCCAAAGCCUCAACGAUGUUGGCUACCAACUGGUUGCUUGAAACUUUUAGAAGUUCUACAUGGAGCCCUGCCGAAGAUGUCUUUGAUUGCUUCUGAUUUCAGCUUCCUCCCUGAUGUGAGAAUACCUGGCGAAAGAGCGCCUCUGGUUUCAACCAAGAAAGAUGGCAGCAGUUCAGAUCACAAUAGUUACCUGGAUGCAAAGGGUGAUGCUGAUAUCUUUUUCCCAACGGACUUUUGGCUUUUAGAACGCAUGGACCAUUAUUGCUCUGGUUGGCUGAAGCUGCAGAAAGAUAAAACGUCCCAGCAAGGGAAAAAAAGGCGGACGCUUGCGCUCGACACAUAUCAGUUUAUGGAAGAAUUUGGUCUGCCCUCAAAGACAAGAACAAAGGAUGGAUACAACCCUCUUUUGGAUGACUUCAAGAACACUAAAUUUUAUCUUAGUGUCCCCACACAUAAUACCAAAUAGACAGCUGGCUUCAUUGGUUAGUCCUUUAACCCUUCAUUUUGGAGAAAGCAAGCUUACUGUUCAGAAAAUGGAAGGAAUUUUAGCAGAGUAGCUCGCAAGUUGAAGAGCAACGAGAUUGAGUCAAAGUUGAUAUCAAGUAUCCGAACAGUUACUUGUGAUGAUAAAAUGGUUUUGGAGUUUAUAUUCAUCCUAUAACGAGCAGAUCACUGUGGCAGUGCUGGGAAGCAAAUUGCAUUUGUCAUCUGAAGUAUGGUGGUCACUAAUCGGGGUUGCUUGGUAUCAAUCUUCCGAGACAUCAAAGAGGCCAGGUGAUGCAUCUUUCUAUGUGAACGGUAAUGUGCCCAUUGCGAUAAAGCUUAUUUCAAUUGGUUCUCAACCAAUCAAUAUGAUACAUUAGUACAUUGUUCAUGAUUCUAAAUGCUCAUUAGUACCCAGCUGGGUUUGUUUUUUCUUUCGG